AUGUCUCGAGGCGGCACUACCCUUUACGUGACGGGCUUUAGCCACGGCACCCGUGCUCGCGAUCUAGCCUACGAGUUCGAACGCUACGGCCGUCUUGUCCGCUGCGAUAUUCCGGCUCCGCGAAGCGCCAGCAGCAGGCUUUUUGCCUUCGUUGAGUAUGAAGAUCGUCGGGAUGCCGACGAUGCUUAUCAUGACAUGCAUAACAAGCGCAUCGGCCGGGAUGAUAUCCUGAAGAUCGAGUGGGCUCGUACCCCGCCAUCUGCCUCGUGGCGAUUUGACUCUGGACGUGACCGUGAGCGUGGAGGACGUCGUUCUCCCCGCCGUGGCCGUUCCCCGUCUCCUCGGCGCCGCGACUAUUCGCCGCGCAAGGAUGACCGUCGUGAUCGCGACUAUGACCGCGACUCUCGCCGAGACCGUGACCGUUCUCGCAGCCCUGAUCACCGUGACCGCAGUGACCGCGAUCUCAAGGACGAUCGCGAUGACCGCGACGACCGCGAUGAUCGUGACGACCGCGAUGACCGUGACCGCCGCGAGAACGGCGCCAACGGAGAUGAUCGCAAGGAGCGUCUUGACAGCCCCCGGCAAGCCCAUGACGAUCUGGAUGUCGCCGAGUAG